CAGCAAAUCAUCGUACCUCAAACCAGAGCGAGUGCGCGUCACGAAAAUAAAAGAGACCACACAGCUGGUCCAAAAGACAUCACAAAGUUGCAUUAACGUCGAAACUUGACCUCGUGAGCUGAUCGUAGUCAGGGUGGAUGAUGCGCUCGAACCCUGAGGGCCUCUGAGUGGCCUGUUUCCAUUCACCAGUCAUCCUCAUGUCAGCAUGACAAUGGCAUCCCCAUCGCUGUCGCCCAAUCACCCGCUCUUAGCGGAACUCGCUUCGCUGCGUCAACAACUAGGUCAAUAUCAAAAAUCAUCACAUCAAUCUGCAAGUCAAGCUCAAGCCAUACGGCACGAAUUGAUGGCUGUCAAAGACGCCAAUAGAGCACUGCGAGCUAGACAGUCGGCUCUGGAAAAUGAGCUUGAGGUGCUGAGAAAAAAUCCUGCACCAGUGCCUAUCCCGCCGUCAUCGACAGCUUUGACUGAACUGUCACUAGCUCAUAGACGUCUAUCUGCCAAACUCGACUUGACCGAAGCAGCUCUUGGCUCUACACAGCUGGAAUUGGCAGCUUCAAAACAGGAGAUCCAGAGACUUGUCCGAGAUAGAGAUGCCGACUUGAGAGCAUUGAACGAAGUCAGACGUGUGGAGCUCGAGAAGGAGGAAGCUCUCGAGUGGGAGAGAGGGGAGAGGCGAAGAGUCGAGGAGCAAAAGAAAUUAUGUGAUCUCGCUCUGAAAGAGUAUUCUGCUCUUGUCCACUCGCUAAAUCCUUACGCUGUUCCUCCGCCCACCCCUCGAUCCCCUAGUCCAAACAUCCUUCAAUCACCACCAGAUCUUUCCUCCCCAACAUCAGCAUCUGUUGACAGUCCGCCUGUGACGCCUCAUUCUUCCGCCGAUUCGAUAUCCAACCUUUUGAUCGGCCAGCGAGGUGUCCGUCAGCUGUGUAAUGACUUUUCAUCCACUCUCUUUGCCAAGGAAAAGGAAUUACAGACGGUACAGCUCCGAGUUGACGAGCUGGAGCAGACUGUGACCACGCUAAGGGAGCAACUGAAUGCGGAGACUGCUCUCCGAGUCACAGCUCAAGAGGAUCGAGCGAAAGCCCUCCGGGAUGACGGGAGUGCCGCAAAAGUCGUGGAGAGGUACAUGAUCUUUACGCAAAAGACACAUGCCACCAUCCACCUGCAUCUUGACAAUCUGCGAGUCCGCUCGGCGGCCACCCAAGCAUCGCUCCGUAGCGAGCUCAACGAAAUUCGACAGCGAUUCCAGGACGAGGUCAAACGGACGGAUCAGCUUCGAGUGGCGCUUGAUGAGAUGGGCGAAGGAUUCUCGAGGGAGAGUGCGGGCAGACGACGAGAGAUCGGUCUGAGGCUCAGUCUUCUCGCUGAAGAGGAAAAGAGGGAGCGUAAACUUGAAGCAUGGCUAGACAGGGUGCGCAAAAUGCGAGACGGGGCGGAAGGAGCAGUCAUCGAACCUGACAUGUUGGAGACUCUGCUGGACGAAGGAGUCGAUGCUGUGUCCGAGCCAUCCGCAUCCAAACAAGUGAAGAAGAAGCGAUCGUGGCGGGGUCUGAUGAGCGGCAAGGGCAAGCAAAAGGCGAUACCACUAACUCAGGAUACGGCUGUCGACAAUAGUGUCGCUCGGGUGCUGUUGGCGGAAGAGCUGGCUCAGACGCUGAACGCAGAUCUCCAGAAGGAGACAGAGCGGCGAUUACAACUUGAGAAUGAGCGCGUCGAAUGGCUCGCUAGACAAGCUACCAAUGGAAUAGCCCCGGAUGCCCAUGGAGAGCAUGGGGAAGAGGGCGGAAUCGUCUUCAGCUUGGAAGAGGACGUCGAGGCUCUUCGCAAGAAUUCGGAAGAAGGGAUCGAUCUGCUAUCUCCGACAUCAACGGAGCCUCCUCUGCGCACCCCAUCACCCCUGCCAGAUCCAUCGCCGCUCAUCGACCACCUCAAGGAGCUCUUUGAUCCCUUAACCUCUCAAUUCACGCCGCUCCAGCUGGACCUUCAUUCCCUUUCUCAUUCUCUGAGCUCUAUUCGGUCCUCAUUGCCGUCCGCAUCAUCGUCCUCGCCGGUUUCGCCAACGAGACCCCUCUUCGGGGACAAGAAGUCAACAAAGCUGAAACUUGCAUUGCGCCCAUCUCCCUUUUCCGACCCUGUUCUGUUGAACAUCCUCGACUCCAUUCACGAAGUCAUUGAAGAUGCUCGGGUGGACGUCGAGAUUGCCCUAGCAGACCAGGAACGAGUUUACCGAGGUUUCGAAGCGCUGCUCGGGGUCGAGAAGAGCGGAGCAAUUCAAGGAAAGAACGUCUUGAGCGACGCAAAAGAAUACCUCGAGGAGCAAGAGGCCAAGGGCACCAUGUAUAAGUUGCAAAAGCGAGUAGAGGAUACAGAGGCGGACAUCACGAUGAUCAAAACUCAACUGCACAGAUUGGAAGGCAUGGAAGUCGCUGAGGAGGAUCUGAGCGAGACAGAUGAGGAAGGUGAACGGCGAUCACGAUCCGUCUGGUCAACUUUGCACUACAGGACGGUCACACCAACAAUUCCGAAACCCUUUCCGUUGUUACAGUCAUCGUUUCUUUCGGAUCAAUCUGGUCAAUCCGAUAAUGAUCCCAGACGACGUGGAACCGGUCUUUUCUCGGGGAUGGGCAGCGUCGGGCGAUCAUUCUCAUCCACCAUUGUGGGUGCGCCGAGACGGGUCGGGGGCCUUGCCAGUGGUCUAGCUGGUCGGUCGAACGUCAGUACGGCGAAUCCUUCUCCAGAGACUCGGCCGGAGGAGCUGCCCUUGGUAGACGACGUAGAGUAGCCACAGUAUGGAGACGUUCUUUCAUGGCGCUCUAGGCAGAUUUGAGCGCUCGAAGAUAUGUUCCCACACUAGCUUCAGCCACAGAAAGACGACGGGUCUGUAAGUCUCUGGACGAAGUCAUCUUUUCUCGCCAAUUCUUCUUGACAAGCUCACUCUCCUUUAUCACCACCAGUAACGCUUGCGUGACGUCUGACCAGGAGGCUUGACGGAAAAGCGAGGCGGACACAGACUUUGAUGCAGCACAACAUUCAGCACAGUACCAGACGGUCUUUUCCGAGCUCUG